AUGGGAUCUAAACAAUAUAAGAAGGGUACGAUUCAAGGCUUAAUAUUUUCUUUGAUUACUGUAUUAUGUGUGCUUUCUUAUUUCAUUUAUUUAAUUGAUUUAUACCUAAAUAACUAAAUUGACCCAAAAUUCAGAUGGUAAAGUUUUGUUACUAGUAGUAGGACUGAGGUAUCUUUGAGUUAGGAUCUAAUUGGAUUUACUUUUCUAUAUAACACAACUUUAUCAAUUGAUUAGUUCUAAUUAUAAUAAAAUAAAACAUAUUUAGUUUAUUAUCCUUAUUUUUUUUAUGAGGAUACCAAAAAUGAUAUAUCAAUAUAAAUUAACCUUGAUAUUGUCAAAUGCAUAAAUCCCUAUUAAUAAGGUUUAAAUUGCCUUGAUUUUUCAUAGUUAAGCAACUACACUCUGGUUGUUGAUAACAUGAAUAAUAUCCUUUCUAAUAUAUACAUAAACGUAUAUGGUUGCCUAGAUUUAGAUAGUAUUAAAACUACAAUUCCAGAUAAUUGUGCAUAAUAAAACGAAAUAGAUGAAGUAAUAAAUGGCGUAGAAUCUAGUUUAUUUUUAUAACUAAAAACAGAAUAAUUUAAUACAACUUCUAAGAGGAUUUAAACAAAUUUUAGGACUUUACAGAGUUAUACUUUGUCAAAUUAGUUUACAUUAAGUAACGUAAACACAUAAAAAUAAGAAACCAUAGUUAAAGAUGGCUUAUUAAUAUAAAAUCAAUAAAUAUAUUAAUCCCCUAUUUAGUAUAAUAUGUAAAAUUGGGGAUUUGACAGAUAGCAGUCAUUGAAAUCAGGGCUAGGACCAUACGCACAGAUUUCAUUGGGUAUGGAUUAAAUAGUGUAACAUUUUUAAAUAUAGUAUACUUCAAUAACAGAAAUCUUAGCACUUGUUAAUAGCUUUACUUCGAUAAUCAUGCUAUGUAGAGUUAUUGGUAGAUUUUACUCAUAAAAAUAAAUUUAAGAAGAUUUUUUGAUGCUUAUUAUGAGAAAUUUAUUUUAAGAUAAAUGUUCAAAAAUUCUUGAAUAUAAUAGCUUAAUAAAAUAAGUUAAUCCAUCAUUGAUUCAAAAUUCAAACCUUUAAGAAGACAUUACAGGAGAUAUUAAUGAAUGGAAAAAUCAUAACAGUAUUUUUGUGCCUAACUUUUAAAAUUAAUACUUAAAAAAAAAAUAAAAUUAAGAAUAAGAAAAUAGCUUUUAGAAAAAGAUUGAUUUUAUAGAUGAUAUGAUGGAAUAAAUGAAUAAAAGCAAGCUACAUAUUACCUAAACAAGUUAGGAAGCUUAAAAUAAUGUGUGUAAUCAUGAAAAAUUAGAUAAAAAAUAAUUCAGCAUUAAUAAAAAUAACUCUAAGCAAAUAGGAUCAUUAAUAUUUUAGCCAAAUGAAAGCAAAAUAUAGAUUUUUAAAAAAAAUGAUGAUUCAAUUUAAAAAAAAAAAUUUAUCCCAAAGAAAAAUAUUAUCCAGACAUAAAAAGAAUAAUACAACAUAUCUAAUAAUACAUAAUAGUAUACUUUUAGUGAAGAAAUUAAAUAAAGACUUAAGGCUAUAAAUAGCAUCUAAAUGAAGAAAAAAUUGCAAAAUUUUUUUCUUAAAAAGUGUUUCAAAUCUAAAGAUCACUUAAAAUCAAGAGUAAUCAAUAAAGUAUAAAUGGAAAUAAUUUAGUAAGAAACAAAUAAGAAUUUUAAUAUUUAUGAAUUUUACAAAGACAUAAUCUUCUUAAAAAAAGCAAUUUCUAUGCUAUUAACUUCAGAUUAAUUAGCUGCAAUCUAAUUUGUAAGUCUGACAGAUUACUUUUUCAAUUUAGAUUUGAAGAGUAAAAACUAAAAUAUUAAUUUUAAAGUUCAGAAAAUCAUGCUAAAUUACUUCGAAAAAUAAUAUUCGAUUUUGUAGUCAGAAUAAAUAUAAGAAAUGUACAUCUAAAAAUUUAUAAGUAGGUGUUAGCAAGGUUAAAACUUAACAGAAGUAGAUCAAAGAAUAAUUUCCUCAAUUGCUAUUAAAUUAUGA